CAAAGGCGACCCCAGGGGCCCAUCCCUCGUUUUCUCCUCUUAGGGUCUCGGUUGGACAGCUUUCGCAAAGAGCCCUCGAAGCUCCGACCCAGCGAGACCUGCCGAAGGGCGCUGAGGCCCCCUGAAGGUCACCCAUCGAGGGCAGCCCACAACACGAACAACAGCCAAGGCCAGGUCCGCAAUCUGAUGGAAGGAGAAUUCAAACGCCGGGGGACGCCAAAGAAGGGGAGGAGAACUGAGCCUGGGCGGCGCCUCAGGCAUUCCUUGGGAGACAUGGACAUCCGUCACUUGGAUUUGGACAGGAUGACCAUCAACGAACUGCGAAAGGAAUGCGCUGCCAGAGAGCUGAGUGGCAAGGG